AUGCGAAACCUGAGGACAAUAGCAUAUCAUGAGACCCAGCUACCAGAUGGAUUGCCACUAAAAGCCACCGCAUGGGACACCUCGACUAAUGCAAUAAUUUGUGCCUUUGGCCCAACUCCCACACAGCCUAUAAUCGAACUGAAAAGAAGUGUUGCGACCUCGUCUGGUCAUGGCGGGUUCGUAAGUAUCACUUCAUGGGAUUCGCCAUGCCCGCUGCCAGAUCUAGAAUGUGAUGAGAUAUUGCUGCUUCAAUAUUUCCCAGACAUUGCAACAUCUUGCCUUGUCCUGGCUGGCGGGGAUGUAGUGGUUGUGCGCGAGGAUCCGAGUCCGGAACAAGAAAAGAUUGAAAUUGUCGGCACCGUCGACAUCGGAAUCUGUGCUGCUGCUUGGGCUCCAGAUGAAGAAUUACUGGCCAUUGUCACCCGCGCGGACACACUCGUGCUGAUGAGUAGGACUUUCGAACCGCUCAAUGAAGGUACUCUAUCGCCGGAAGACCUCAAAGUCUCCAAGCAUGUGUCGGUUGGCUGGGGUCACAAGGAGACUCAGUUCCAAGGGAGACGCGCAAAAGCUAUGCGAGAUCCUACAGUGCCGGAAAAGGUCGAAGAGGGCAGAUUGAGCCCUUUUGAGGAUAACAAGGUUACAGUCAGCUGGCGAGGAGAUGGGCAAUGCCUUGCCAUCAGCAGCGUGGUGCCUGGUCAACGCCGAGUUAUCCGGGUCUUCACGCGUGAGGCUGUCCUGGACAGUGCUAGUGAACCGGUUGACGGUAUGGAGUCUGCACUAAGCUGGAAGCCCUCGGGCAAUCUCAUUGCCAGUGUCAGGCGGUCUGACACCAAGUUGGAGGUCGUCUUCUUCGAGAGAAAUGGUCUCCGUCAUGGUCAGUUCGAUCUCAGAACGAGCAAAGAAGAAACGGACGAGUGGGCCUCUAGCAUUUCCCUUUCAUGGAACACAGACUCCACAGUUCUGGCUGUCGCCUUCAAGGACAGGGUUCAUUUUUGGACGAUGGGCAAUUACCACUACUAUCUGAAACAAGAGGUUCUCUUCCAUUCAUCAUCACCGUCCUCCUCCUCCAGCUACCCUCUAAGAUGGCAUCCCGAAACACCUCUGAGGGCGUCCUUCGGUGAUUCCAAAACGCUGUUGGACCUCACGUUUCUGUCCGCGGUGUCAGCAGGUAGCACAGUCCCACCGCAAGACUAUGGCAUCGUCGCAGUUAUCGAUGGCAAGAUACUGAAACUCACGCCCUUCAAGCAAGCCGGUGUGCCGCCACCAAUGGCUUUCUGUGAGGCUGUUUUUGACCACAACAUCGUUGACUGCGCCAUCGGCCAGGAUGGCAAGAGCUUUGCUGUCCUAACGACAGAAACGUUGGAGCUGUGUCAAUGGAAGACCCGUCCUCCCAACGGGAAAGGAGAUUUGAUAUUCACCUCUACAACCGAGCGGCGUUCCCAUCCAAUUCCGACACUCUUGACAGGACCAGAGUCUCUCCACUAUACCCAGGUGGCCUUCAGGAACGACGAAAUAUUUGUCAUUGCGCCAGGGCAGUCAACGAGACCAGCGUCUUGUUGGAAAAUGAAGUGGCACGAGAGUUCGAGCCUAUCUUGGGAACAAUUUCCGGCGCCUGAACGAUCUGAAAGCCUGGUAACGGACGUGUUUUCCGAGUCUAUAUUCGCUACCGAUCCGAGUGAGCAUACCACAGUCCAGCUCUCAGACCAUUCUGGGUCGAUGAGCCUUCAAUCUGUCGAACUGAGCGGUAGUCAAGCCAACAGCUCCGUCUUUACGCUCCGCCAUACCGGACAUCUUCAGGAGAAUGGUGAGACGAACGGUCACAGCCCGGAAUACCACAAAGUCUCUCUAUCGCCCAAGGGAAACCUGUACGUCGACGACAUGCUUCUCGUCCGCGAAGUUACUUCCUACAUGUUAACCUCCACACAUCUAAUCUUCACCACGUCCUCACACCUCCUGAAAUUCGUCCAUCUCACCCAUCCCUCGGCAAUGCAGGUCCCCAAGGACACACCCGAGAUCGACGAACGAUGCAGAAACGUCGAAAGAGGCGCACACAUCGUGACAGUCAUUCCAUCCAUAUACGCCGUGGUUCUCCAAAUGCCGCGUGGAAACCUUGAGACCAUCUACCCUCGUCUGCUGGUCCUCUCUGGAAUACGCAGGCACCUCAAGCAGCAGGACUACCUCGCUGCUUUUCUGGCCUGUCAAACUCACCAGGUCGAUAUGAAUAUCCUUCACGACUAUGACCCAGCCACUUUCCUGUCCAAUGUGCCCAAAUUCAUCGAUCAACUUAAAAAACCCAGCCGCGUGGACGGCUUUCUCUCGAAGCUCAGGGACGAGGACGUCACCCAGACACUCUACCGCGACACGACAUUGCAGUCUCAAUCCGAGCCAGCAGUGCCACAGCCACUCUCUGCUUCCCAUACAAAAUCGACCAAUGUCGUCGUUGCAGGCAGCAAAAUCAACAAGAUUGCCGACACGUUCCUCUCCAGCCUGGCUUCAAAACCCUCUUCGUCUUACCUGCAAACCAUCAUAACGGCCCACGUCUGCAAGCGGCCUCCGGAUUUAUUCUCUGCCUUGACACUCGUCUCUACCCUUGUCCAGACUUCCAAAGAAGAAGACGACAUUGCAAUCUCUCACCUGUUCUUUCUCACGCCCAAUCCGUCCCUCUUGUUCGACGCUGCCCUCUCCCUCUACGAUCUCGAAUUGACACUCCUCGUCGCGCAGAAUGACAGCUCCAGAGAUCCGAGGGAAUACAUGCCGUAUCUGCAAUCUCUACAGGAGAUGUCGGAGCUGAGGCGCAAGUACACGAUUGACGACCAUCUCAAGAAAUACAGCAAAGCGUUGGUCUCUUUACAUGCGAUAGGUGACCACGAGCAAGUCGCUUCCUACACAGUCAAACAUACCCUGUACACCACGGCGAUGGAGCUGUACAAGUACGAUCAAGUCCAUCUGACCCAGAUCACCCGGAUGUACGCCGAAUAUCUCACGACCCAAAAAUCGCAUCACGCGCAAGCGGCCACGCUUUACGAAUCACUGGGCGAUUACGAUGCCGCGUACAAGCUGUACGCACUGGCGCACAAGUGGCGAGAAGCCCUGGCCUGUGCGACCCUCGUUCCUUUGGAAGCUGCACCGCUCGGGUCGCUCGCCCAGAGUCUGGCAGCGACGUUGACGGACGAAAACCGCGACUACCGCGCCGCAGCGACGAUUCAAAUCGACUACCUCUCCAAUAUUCCAGAGGCGGCAAAACUGCUGUGCCGGGGUUCUUAUUUCGCCGAAGCGAUGCGUAUUCUCGCCCACGACGAACACCCCAUCUCCGAGAUCCACCAGAUAAUAGACGCAGGACUAGGCGAGAAAGUCGGCGAAAUCCUCGAACUCUUGGCAGACUGUCGCGCACAGUUGAACGCACAGGUCCCGCGCAUCAUCGAACUCCGCAAGAAAAAGGAGGAAGAUCCGUUGGCUUUCUUUGGGGGUGAUCCCACGACCACCGCUGCCGCGGAUGGCGCAGAUAUCCCGGACAACGUCUCCCUCGCAGCCACGGACGCCAGCACUCUCGGCGGCCAGAGCCUCUUCACCCGCUACGGCAGCAACGCCAGUAAAUUCGGCGGAACAGUCGCUUCAAACAUCUCCCGAAAGACGUCCAAGACGAAACGCCGCGAGGAACGCAAGCGCGCCCGAGGCAAAAAGGGCUCCGUGUACGAGGAGGACUACCUCGUCGCCAGUGUGGGGAGAUUGGUCGACCGCGUGAACGGUCUCCAUGAAGAAGUCGGUCGUCUUCUUGCGGGUCUCUCGAGACGGGGGAUGCGGGAGCAAGCUAAACAGGUCGACGAAAACAUGAAGGAAAUCUGCCAGGCCUGCGAGAGAGCUAGAGAGGAGGUCUGGGAUGUUGCUGCAAAAAAGGAUGAAAUAGAUGGUCAGGUUGAUGAGAGUAAUACGUAUGAUAAAGACGGACAAGGAAGACCCCCUGGAGCAGAAGGUGUGUUCUGGGAUAGUCAGCAGGAAAGUCAGAGGAAAAGGGAAGCGCCCGAAGUGAAGAAUUGGACUUCCAGUGAGCUCGUGGCUCACUGA